AUGCCGACUCCGGGGAUGGACCGAUUCGCCCGGGAAGACCUCUCAAUCGUCACCUACAACGUCCACGGCCUCAACGUACAUGAGAAGCACUCCAGACUCCUGCGGGACCUUAAACACUACAAGACUUCCAUAGCGUUUCUUCAGGAAACACACUUCCAGGAAGGCCGAGCGCCAGCGCUGAAAGACCGCUACUUUCGGCAGGGAUACUUUAGUAACAACCCGGACCGACUCACACUGGGAGUGGGAAUCCUCUUCUCUAGCCGGAUCCCGUAUGUAGAGCAAGCCACACUCAGAUGUAAACAAGGCAGAUACAUCUUUACGAAAGGCACCAUUCUAGAUCAGACGUACACCUUUGCCAACCUCUACUCUCCAAACACAAAACAACACCUCUUCCUACGUACUGCACUCAACACACUGAUGAAAUUCACAGAAGGCACCCUGAUCGUCGGCGGGGACCUCAACUUGACACUGCACGCAGAGCAAGACUCAACAGCCAAACACAGGCCCACACCGGACAACAGAAACGCCAGAACGCUGCGCACCAUCCAUUACCAUCAACUUGCGGACUACUGGCGCGCACUACACCCAUUGACCCGCGACUACACAUUCUACUCCAUAACGCACUCGACAUACUCUAGACUAGACUAUUUCCUCAUGCCACACCGCGACCUCGUCCUCCUCAACAGGGCGGAAAUACUACCUAUGACAUGGUCAGAUCAAUGCCCGGUUCGAAUAACAGUAAAAUCGCCUCUUUACAGACCGCGACAAACCUCCUGGAGAUUGAAUGAAUCGAUCCUCUCGGACGUACUGGUGGUAGAAAAGACCAGGCAGUCCAUACAAGAUUACUUCACAGACAACAAGCAAGGAGACACGACACCCCUGACAUGUUGGGAGGCCCAUAAAGUGGUGAUCAGGGGACAGAUAAUCACAACAUGCGCCACCCGCAAACGAGAAGCAACGCAGGCAACGGUAGCCCUCAGCAAGGAGAUCGCAGCCCUGGAAGCCAAACACAAACGCACCCUAGAUGCAGAGACAUACAGAGACCUGACCGUCAAGAGGGAACAACUCUCGACACUCCUGAACUGCUCGAUACAGCGCUCAUACCAACACUUUAAACACAUAAUUCAUGAACAUGGGAACAAAUGCGGGAGGCUACUGGCGAACCUACUAAAACAGCGCAAGUCCCUACUAUACAUCCCGAAAAUCAAAGGCCCUCGACAGCAACACUUACACCUCCCGGACCAAAUAGCAUCCGCGUUCCUCACCUACUACCAAGGACUAUACCACCUGCGUCAAGACACACCAGAGGGACCACACCGCCACAAACUAGAGGAGAUCCAGAGAUACUUAGAUACAGCAAGGGGAACCAGACUAGAAAACGCCGACCGAGAAAACCUGGAAACCCCCAUCUCAACCGAGGAACUGGCCCUCACCAUCAAAAAGGCGAAAACAGGCAAGGCACCGGGCCCGUAUGGUUUCCCCCUCUCCUACUACAAGACCUUUACAACAGACCUCCUCCCGAAACUGCAAACGGCCCUCAACUCCAUUCUGGAGGGAGCCACCCCAACAGCCCAGUUCACAGUGGCGAACAUCACCCUCCUACCUAAGGACGGUAAGGACCCUACACUCUGCCCAAGCUACCGCCCAAUCUCCGUGUUGAACACGGACCUCAAACUCUUAGCAAGUGUCCUGGCGGCGCGCCUAGCACCACUGCUGCCCACGACAGUGCACCCGGACCAAACGGGAUUCAUCCCGGGGAGAGAGGUACGGGACAACACUAUCAGAGCCCUGAACAUCAUAGCCCACGCCAGAUCACUGAGGACCCCAACACUCCUUCUGUCCACAGACGCUGAAAAAGCGUUCGACAGAGUAGACUGGGAUCUUAUGUUUGGCACACUCCAGCACCUCGGCGUCGGACCGAACUACCUCACCUGGGUAAAGGCACUAUACACGCGCCCAACAGCCCGCAUUCGGAUCAAUGGAGCACUGACCGACCCAUUCCAGAUCUAUAACGGGACCAGGCAGGGCUGCCCGCUGUCACCCCUACUCUUUGCACUGGCGCUAGAACCCUUUUUAAACCACAUCAGACUUAACAACAACAUACAGGGGUUGAAAAUAGGACAGACACACCACAAAACACUGGCCUACGCGGACGACCUCCUAUUCAUAGUCACAUCCCCAGAAUCGACCUUGCAAGCCAUCCAGUCGGAAUUCGAGGCGUAUGGCCAUGUCUCGAAUCUCCAAAUCAAUUUUUCAAAAUCAGAAAUCCUGGGUCUCUCCAUCAACCACACACUCAGGCGGUCACUCCAACGACAACAUCCUUACCGAUGGUGCGACCAAUCCAUGCGAUACCUAGGUGUUAAGCUUACACCGAACCCGACGGAUCUCUAUACCCACAACUACACCCCCAUCCUAAAAAAGGCAAUUGAAGAAUUGCGCUCAUGGAACUCAUACUAUAUCUCCUGGCUGGGAAGAGUGAACGCGAUCAAGAUGACACUGCUACCCAAACUCCUCUUCAUAUUCCAAACAGUACCGAUACUGGCCCCAGAUUCGUUCUUCGCCACUCUGAAAUCGGAGGUCCGCAAGUUCGUAUGGAAGGGCAGAUCCCCACGAAUAGCACACUCUCAAUUGACGUUGCCCAAACUCCGAGGGGGGUUGGCGCUCCCAGGCUUCGAAAAAUAUUAUCAAGCAACGCACCUCAACAGGAUCCUGAGCUGGUCCGUGGAAGGCAGCACGAAACUAUGGAUCCAGCUGGAAUCCGACACCACAAACUGUGACCUAAGGACUUUGCCAUGGAUUACGAAAGCCGCGUACAGACAUAAACAAAUACAGAACCCAUUUGUAACAGCGACCAUGCGGAUCUGGCACAGACAGGGCACUAAACAAUACUUAACGACGGACCCAGGCCCACUACUCCCUCUGAGAGGCAACCCGGACUUCCCAGCAGGAGAUCAGGGCCCAAUACCAGGACUCACCAGACACAUACCAACCCUACGCAUCAAAGACGUACUUCAAAAGCCAUUCACAGUCCGCCCGACGACAGAACUCUUCCCGGAUCAACCACACACAUUCACACAUACCCUAGCUAGAGCACAAAUAGUACAAUACGCCCGAUCAAUCCCCCAAAAGCCGUAUCUAAUACGAGAAAAGACGCAAUUCGAAUACCUAUGCACUCAAGACCGGGAACCAGCCAAGGCCGUAUCGCAGAUCUACUCAGCCAUAAUUGUAAACAGAUACAUCCUAGCACCCCCAUGCAUUAGACGUUGGGAGGAGGAUAUACACGAGACCCUAACAGAUGCAGAUUGGGACAAAAUCAUCACCCACGUACAGAAAACACCGGGUUCGGCGAGACUCCAAGAAAACUCCUAUAAAAUCCUUACCAGGUGGUACAUAACCCCAUCCAGCCUCCAUGCACGAGACCCCCAGAUCCCAGACACAUGCUGGCGAUGCGAAGAAGCGAUAGGCACUUUCAAACACAUCUGGUGGGAAUGUGCACGCAUUAGACCCUUUUGGGAGACGAUUCGGAAAAUAAUUCAAGACAUAACGGACGAGACCCUGUCACGGACACCAGCCGCCUUUCUCCUCCACCACACCACCAUGUCGACACCGGCCUACUCCAGAUCCGUCAUCCCGAGACUCCUAAACGCAGCUAAGGCAACGAUCCCCAUGUUCUGGAAGCAGACGUGUACACCACCCAUGAGACGAUGGAUAGAGGAAGUGGAGGAAGUGAGAAAAUACGAAGAUAUGAAAGCAACCACCCCAAAACAAAAAGACAACUACACAAAACACUGGUUCCACUGGCUCUGAAACAUUAACACGGACGACUUCCUACAGCACAUCUCCGAACCAUAAGCAAAAGCGAGACGAGAGACGCAGGGGCACCCGGGGGGCGGCGGACCUGGAGCGGUGACGGGGAGUGCGAACCCACCAACUCACGAGACCUCCCUUCCCACACCUCAAUGACCACACUGGACAUAGGACAGAGACCACGACAACCUUCCUAACCCAGACACACCAAGGCUUUGCCCUAGUCGCACUCCAACGGGAGGCAAACAUAAAGCUGGGGGAAAACGCACCACUCACAGACGCUCAAUGAACCACUAAUACUGCAACCCAUAACCCAGAGACCCACGACCACCCAUACAACCACACAAGAUCCAGUCACCAACCAAUGACAAGACCCAACCCAGACAACCCACCCAACCACAAGAACACAGGGAACACACUAGGGACACAUAACCCCUCAACAAGAGGGCCAAACUCACACAGGAACACCCGGCCCAUAACGGGAGACACCCCCCCGGGGACACCAAGACAGGGGGACGCAGGGAAUACACACACGUGAACGAGAGCCGAGAACCACACAACACCCACUACAGGAACCCAUAGAAAGGGCCGUGCAACAGACUAGCCAUGCAAUGGACAAAGACGGACAGGGCUAAGAUCAAAAGCGCAGUGAAAAAAGCCACUAGCAGACCCAUAACUAACCAAACCUAAUGAAUGCAUCACCAAGGCCCACGAAGCAGUGACCACCUGGACCGCCCUGACACACCCGACCAACUACGAGCCCAACAAUGGCAAUAUCCAAGACAGCCACAUCACACCCAAAAGGGAUUAAACAUAUAAGACCCACAAAGGGGGAGGGAAACACAAAAAAAUAAAUAAAUAAAUAAAUAAAUAAAAUUUAAAAAAAAACAACCUACCCCUAAGGACCCUGGGGAAACACACACAGGACACCACAGACCUACCACACACCACACACCAGCUCGCACAUGACGAUAUAAGGGACGACUACUGCAUCACACCAGAACAGGCCAACGUUUUUAAAAAUAAUUGAGCUACUGUGAAGACAGCACACCGACUACCAUGCUAUAGUAGAGCAAUACAAACAGUCAGCAUCUGCACAGACAUAUUGCCCGCCACCUUUGUUAUACGGGCAGAGCCUCUGAUCAGGCGAUGUUGACGCACAAGUUUGAAUCAGAAGUUUGAAUUCAAUGUACAUUAGCCUAAUUAAUACAAACGUAAAAGUAAAAACAAUUUAACACACAACACCUGCAGAAACCAACUAACACAAACACCAGCACACACCAGCUAACACAAUGCAAAUACACAACCCCGCUGAUACAAACUACUGUACGACCAAGCCAACACAAGACAACAAUAUAAACACAUUCACACACUUCUGUCAAAAAAUCAAUUCUCACAGACACAUAAUGGUAGCCCAUACACCACCUAUUGACAUCACCACCAAACAUGCCUGAUACAACACUAACACACAGCAUUGCCAAACCGGUUUAACGAAACUAAUGUACUUAAUUCUGCAAAACUUAUGUACCCUUAAAAAUUUGUCAUGACAUGAUUACUUUGACAUAUUCAUGUAUCGAUAACAGCGCCUCUGCGCAGGCGAUUGACUGCUUAACAUCAAAAAAGUUUGCAAUGGAAUUUAUGUUAUGGAAACAAUAAACAUAUUCAAAACAAAAUGGUGAUAAAUUCAACGGAAGCUUACAUGGUAGUAAAUUCCAAGACAUACCGUCAAAUGAAAGGAAUUUAAAAAAAAAAAUACCUUUUAGGUAAACUGAAGAAUUGGCAAAUUGAAUAGGACAAUUGGCUUAUUCCUGCCAUAAUAAUCAGUGGAGUAAAUUUAGUAGGUGCAGUAAAAAUACAUGUGCUAAUAAAAUUUGUUAAAUUAAAAAAUGUGUGUUCUAUUUUGCAGCAUAAGUGUUGGGUUAGAACAAUGCGGAGAAAAAUCAUGGCAGAAGUGGCUAAUUUAAAAAAAAAAUGUGGGUUUAAGAUCAAUUGGAGGUUCUUCUUGGAUACAUGGACAAAAAAUGUAUUUUACAAAAAAUAAACUAGCCACUAGGAGACCAUUGGCUCAUAGUUGGCUGCUGAAUUCUGCACCUCUUUGUUAAAAUAUAAUAAUUAUUCAACUACAUGUUAAAAUUACAUGUACUAUGUUCUUGUUUCAGGUGAUUUGGUGGCUAUGGGAGGAAUAUGGUUGUCAUUAUUCUCUGUCCAGAAAUGAGAGAUAUAUAGUCUCCUAAUACCACAGCGAGCACAGCAGACAUCCCUCCCUCCCAGACUCAAGGACCAGGACACCACAUUAGAAAAAGGGGGGCUGACACUACCCACAGAAGCAUGCCAAACGAGUCUCCCACCCACCGGGACCAUAAGCCAUUAACCCCCACACUACUAAACAAAUACCACCAGCAGCACACGCACAAGAACACACCCCCCACACCCACAACCACACAAAGGCACACAGAUAGCCUGACUGACCCCAACCCGGUGACAGCCUCGAACCGAGAUAAAUAA